AUGGAGUCGAAACAGCAGACGAUGCUCGUCUGGCAAACAUUUGUUUGUCUUCUAUAUUUCAUUGUAUUUUUUAAUGGUAUAUCAGCAAACACGGAACCGGAGAUCGUUUCAACCGAAAAUGAAAUUAUUACUUAUACUAAUCAUACAGCUAAACUUUCUUGUAUAAUUCGAAACAGAAACCGACAGCACGUAACGUGGUCUCGUGUUACUUAUGUAAAUGAAAGUCGAAAAAUUACCGAUCUUUUGUAUGUAGAUUUACUUAAAUACACGCCGCUUAGUCGCUACCAUUUAACACAAUUAGUUGACGCUGAAAAUCAAGAAUUCUGGAAUUUAGAAAUUCGUCAAGUACAUUCGACUGAUCAAGGUUAUUAUAGUUGCGUUGUGUCUUCAUUGAAACCCAUCUCAAAAGUAUUCCAUAUCCGAGUUAUCGAAAAUCCACGUAAUCUUUCUCUUGCGCUCCGCUCGACGAUGGAUAAUCAGCAGCAAGGCAAAGAACAAACUAACUCCGCAUUAUCAUUGAUUCCAAUGCCACUAGCGACGAUUUCGUCCUUCGUCCUCAUUCUUAUGAACUUGUGA